CGGUAUUAUCCACAUUGAUUACAAUUCCUUGGGCUAGGUGGGCCUUGGCUCUGAUGAAAAAAGGAGUUCGUCAUUUUUUAAGUCGUUAUCGUAUUCUGUAUCUCUAUCCGCUCUGUUGUAAAACAUGGCAGACGACGAAUUAGAGGCGAUUAGGCGGCAGAGAAUGGCGGAACUACAGGCAAAGCACGGGGAUGGUUCAAAGAGUCAGCAAGCAGAGGAGGCCAAGCAAAGAGAAUCUGACAUGAGGAACAGCAUACUGGCCCAGGUUCUUGACCAGUCUGCCCGUGCCAGAUUAAGCAAUCUUGCUUUGGUGAAGCCAGAGAAGGCCAAUGCAGUUGAAAACUAUCUCAUUCAAAUGGCUCGAAUGGGGAGUUUAGGAGGAAAGAUUUCAGAGUCAGGCUUGAUCGAAAUCCUCGAAAAAGUCAGUCAGCAAACGGAGAAAAAGACAACUGUCAAAUUUAACAGACGGAAGGUGAUGGACUCAGACGACGAGUUUGAUGACUAACUUAAAAUUGGAAUGAGCCAAGAAAUUGGGAGUGGAUAUGCUUUACUUGGACUCUGCUUGCUGAGUCUUGGGAUGCUACACAAGUUCUUUGUGUCUCUGGAAACUUCACAUUAAGAGGACGAAAAAAAGGACAUGACUUUGACAUUGUGGCAUAAGCGACGGGCGUACAAUACACACACUGUCAAAUAUGGUAUUGUGAUGUGUUUCUUAUCAUUUAUAAAUUUGUGCUGCUUGUGUUGUGCCCCAGACAACAGCAGCAACAUGCGAUCAUCUUGUCCUUCACAGUAGUUACUUUUCAUUUCACCAUUGUUACUUACUGCAAAACGCAAAACAUACUGUUGAUCCAUUUUAUCUAGACUCAUCAUUGAUUAUUCAUUGAUUUCAAUUCAGGGCCAAUUUCUUAUCAGCUCUGGAUCAGGCACUUAAUUAUUUUCCUUUUGCUGACCUUGUGUUGUCAAAGUUUACAAAAAUAAAAAGUAAAGAAGCCUUAAAUCCAUGUUUAUUUUCAUUGUUACAACAUCAAGUGUUAAGUCUUUUGGAAAUGUUUCACUUUGCUGAACAAUACUAAUAAUAAAAUGUAAAAUAAACAAACAAGGCAUCUAACUAAUAAAUUAAAUAGAAGAAAUGUCAUACAUGUGAACAUGAGCAUAUAGUAUAGCAUGUCCCUCAUUUAAUAACCAAAACACAGGGAAGGAAUUUGAUAUUGGUGCAUUACAAACAGAUUCAAGAUUCACUGUCAUUUCAUAUUCAUAGAAAAAACGAAAUAUUGUGUCUUAUUACGACUGUGCGUUAAAAUACAGAACAUGUAAUAAACCUAGGAAAAACGUAAGUACAUAAAUAGAAGUACAAUAUAAACAUCA